CUUUCUUCUUCUUCUGGUCCAUCUAUCUAUCAAAUCUAUCUCUCCAGCGGCUGGGAAAAAGGGGAUUUGAGAAAGUAAGAAAGGGUGAAAGCGAGCCAAAAGGCUUCUCCCAAUCUCAUACCUGUAGAACAACAACAAGAAGAUCUUCAUCAUCUGACCUUGAUUUUUCUCGGGAAAGAAAGUCGCAGCGCCGCCGAAAUUUGUAGCAGCAGCAGCAGCAGCUGGACGCGAGAGAGAGAGAGGGAGAGGGGAGGGCCUGAAAAUGACGGCGACACCGUGUUUGACUUUGAGUUUGAGGCUAAUGCUGUUACAGCCUCUUCCGCCUCCGUUCACUUUCUCCUCCUCCAAUCUCUUCUUCUUCCAUUCUCCAAACCCUAGUUGCCCCUUCAACAAUUUCUCUUCUUUCCCCUCCUCGUCCUCAUCGUUAUCUUCCUCUCAAAGACGCUUUGUUGGUCGAAGAAAUACGUCCUUCCGUAGCCUAUCCCCUCUUCUCUCUUCUAGACGGACGGUACGCUACCCCUCCCCCCGCUGUAUCUGUUGGCUUUGUGGAUGCGCCAAAAAUGAUCAAAACAUUGAUAGUGGAAGGAAUGGAGACAACCCCAUGCUGCAGAUGUUUGGUUCUGAUGAAGAAGUCAUCACCCAGAUCCCAACCCAAGCUCAAUCUGUAGUAAAAGGAUCAGGGGAAGUUCUGGUUUCGGAGUAUGAGCCUGUGCGUGAUGUAGAUUAUCUCCAGGAGUUACUUGCAAUUCAACAGCAAGGGCCAAGAGCUAUUGGGUUUUUUGGGACACGGAAUAUGGGAUUCAUGCAUCAAGAACUUAUUGAGAUUCUUAGCUAUGCUAUGGUUAUAACGAAAAACCACAUAUAUACAUCUGGUUCAUCUGGGACUAAUGCAGCUGUUAUUAGAGGUGCUUUAAGAGCAGAGAAACCAGAGCUUCUUACUGUAAUAUUGCCUCAAAGUUUGAGCAAGCAACCUCCUGAGAGCCAGGAACUACUAGCAAAAGUUAUAUUUUAUGUCUACAUGAGAAGGUUAUUUAAAACUAUGGAAACAUCAUCUUUGCUUGCAAGGGUGAAGAAUGUAAUAGAGAAACCUCACAAUGAUCAUUUGCCGUUGAUAGAAGCCAGUAGUGCAGGCUAUGCAACAUGGACAUCAUUUCACAUGUUCAGCAAGUCAUAUGCUUUGCUUUCCAUGACAGCAAGUUGCUCAUGGAAACAUGUCAAGAAGCCAAGAAUCUUAGAAAGAUUGUGACCCUUUUUUACUUGGACUAAAUGAUGAGAACCAAGUUUGCCCAUUUGUUCAUAUACAUUGACAUUGCUCAAGAAAGAGAGGGUAGGGCAUUUUUUUAUUUGUAAAUUAGUUGAAUGAACAGGUCUUGCUGAUUAUCUAUGAAAAUUCAGGGCAGGGCAUGGAUGAGAAAAAGCUAGCUAAAGUGGCUGUGUCAACUGGCAGUACAGAGGGAGAUUUUGAAAGGAAAAUCAAUGACAUUUUAUGAAAAUUGACUCGUGCGAUUCAUCA